CUACUUUGAUGAUGUGCAGCAUAUAUCUCACCAAGGCCAAUCGGAGAAGAAGAUACAAAAACAUUCCAAACGCGGCCUUAAUCGUCCGAUCUCCCUAAAAGACAUCAACGAUUGUGUGAUAUCAUCGGAGAACGUGCGGCUGGGAUGUUCAAUAACGAUCGCGCUUGUCGUGGUCGCGUCUCACAUGAGUGUAACCCCUCAUGGCGGCAUGGCGAAAUCUAACAGUGGCAUCGCCUCCAGGCCGCUAUACAUGCUCAUCCUAACAGACGUCACUGUUGUGGUGGCUCGUCUGCUGAUUCCCCAGCCGAAAGAAGCCGAAGAAAAGGGAGAAGAAGGAGACGAUGGAUGGAGAGGAGCAUUUGUAGUUCUGGAAAUUGGGUUGGUUGUUUAUCAGGCAUUUCGGGCUCUCUUCAUUGACUGCAGCUUUUAUCUGGUUCUUGUUUUAUGUCUUCUUUCUUUCUUGUAGUUCAUGCCACUUCUUAUGCCUUGUGUUAAAAUAAGUAACAUAAAACUGAAACCAUAAUAUUAAGGUUGAAUGAUAAGUUGGCACAGAACAACCCUU